AUAUGAAAAGGAAUGACCACUAGGGGGACUCCUAAUAUGCUAAAUGUAGACCCCAUAUGGUCUGACCACUAAGAAAAAUUGUUCUCAAGAAAAUUCGGCAAACGCCAGACCGUAAAGCGAGCAAGACAAAUAAAAAGAAAGAAAAUAUGAUUAUCACAGAGUGAAACCGGUAAGGGAGAUAACUUAACACUGCAAUAUUUUGAAAAUCUUCCUUUCGGGACAUUAAACUCGAGUCUGUGUGUUUAAGACGUUUGGGUUUCAGUUCAUUUGCGUUGCACUUUGGAAAUGUGUCUUCAACUGUAGAUCUGGGCCGUCUGAAACCCUGUGACUGGAUUUAGAUAACGGAAUCUUUGUAGAAGUCUUUGGUGUCUGGUGCAGCCUCACGGCUGGUAUUUAGUUCCUGUACCGUCCGACCCAUAACAGCAUGGAUUACCGUUAUUAAAUGAUGAUGAUGAUGAUGAUACGCGUAUUCGAGAUAUUUCAGUGAUAUUUAUUUCAUCGGUGGAAUUUGAACUCAGAACGUAGAGACGGGCGGAAUACCGCGAAGCAUUCCGUCCAGCGCGCUACCGAUUCUGCCAGAUCGCCGCCUUAAGCAAUGUUAUUCAGAAUGAAGUAUAAAACAUAUCUUUUAGAAGAUCACCACCACGGCCGAUGGAGACAAUAAUGAAGAUUCGUUUAUCAGAGCCAGAUGUUAACCACAGUAACCAUGGUGAUUCGUAUCAAAAUAUUAACACUUUUGGUUUCAUUAACUAGAGAGCGGUGGAUUUACUUUUGUCACAUGACACACCCUACUUCCGUUUCCUCUAGAAGCUGCCGUUACGUGUUUUUGUAUGUCUUCACGGAGAUUUCGUGUGAGGAAAUGUUUUCACGCUAAAUAUCGAUUUGUAUAGCAUUACAGAUUCACGGAUGACAUUGGCAUAAAACGACUUUUUUAACAUUGGAAACAUCUGGAAUAUUUAUCAGUUUCUUAAAAACUAAUGCAAAAUGUUUUAGAGAACAGAUAUAAUAACCCAACUGCUAUAAAUCUAGACUGGAAUUACUGUGAAAUAUUUGCUCUGAGCGAAGAUUCAUAGCACCAUUUCUGCAUCUCAUUAUCUGGUGUUAUUGCAUUCUAAUUAAACUUGAAUAUAUUUGCAAAGGAGUUUGCAGAGUUUUAGAUAUCAAUAAAAUCACAGUUGAUAGCAGUUGAAAUAUUUCUAAGAAAUAAAUUAUAAGAAUAAGAAGAGAAAGGAAAUUACAUGCUGUGCUGUGAGACAAAAGAUAAGGGGAAAAUUUAAUACUGUGAGAAACUUCAAUGGUUGGGUCUGUUUGUAUCCCUCAGAGAAAUGUCAAAAGAUUUAGGAAAAUCACAUCAUUGCUGUGAAAUCUGUGGUAAAUCAUUCUCUCAAGACAGUGAAUUAACUACACACAUACGUAUUCAUACAGGAGAAAGACCAUUUCACUGUGAUACCUGUGGUAAAUCAUUCUCUAUAAGUGGUAACUUGAAUAAACACAUUCGUGUUCAUACAGGUCAGAAGCCAUUCCACUGUGAUACCUGUGGUAAAUCAUUCUCUCAAACCAAUCACUUAACUAAACAUAAAAGUAUUCAUACAGGAGAGAGACCAUAUAACUGUGAUAUCUGUGGUAAAUCCUUCUCUCAGAACAGUAACUUAACUAAACACAAACGUAUUCAUACAGGGGAGAAACCAUAUCACUGUGAUAUCUGUGGUAAAUCCUUCUCUCAGAACAGUACCUUAACUCAACAUAAACGUAUUCAUACAGGGGAGAAACCAUAUGAUUGUGAUAUCUGUGGUUCCUCAUUUUCUCAAAAUAGUGCCUUAACUCAACACAAAUUGCUACAUACAGGAGAAAAACCACAUCACUGUGAUGUCUGUGGCAAGUCGUUCUCUUGGAGAAGUAACUUAACUACACAUGCAUCUAUCCAUAUGAAAGUCUGAUUGUUGCUUCAUAACUUAGCGUUUUGGUAAAAGUGACUGAUAAAGUAAGUACUUGGCUUACAAAGAAUAUCCUGUGGUUGAUUUCUUUGACUAAAACCCUUUAAAGCAAUGCUCCAGCAGGGUCUCAGUGAAAGGACUGAAAUAUGUAAAAGAAUGAAAGACAAUAUUGAAUUUUACUUGUUCCUCAAUAUUUCUUUUGUUUGAUGCAUAUAUAUGGUCACUUCAUGUGCUAGUAACAACAGCUGAAUUCUAUUCACUUUAAACCUUCUACUCCUGAAAAUUGAAGCCUGUACUUGCUGAUGUAAUCCUGGAUAUAUGAUGUCAGAAGGAAAAAGUAGAAGCUUAAGGUUGUUGAUGAAUCAUUUCUCGAAUCUGUGGAGUGUUUCGUGAAAAGAAAUCGCACUAAGAGCUUUACCAAGGAGAUAUUCUCAUUGUUCAAGUCAAAUUUUGCCAUAAACCUGUCGUGCUGCACAGUAAUAAGAGACUUGGAUGGUGAGAAUAAUGCAGAUGCCAUGAACUGUACUGCAAAUGUCAUCAGUCAAUGUAAUAAGCUUUGCAAUGACACCUGUACCAUAUUUGUUGAGACUAGAGAAAUUUGGGUGUAGAAGAUGGCUGGGAAUCAUAAUCCAAAGACUUCAGUAGAUCCUGAUUUUCUUCUAAAUCUGAAUUGUUUAGCCUCUUGCAACAGACAGGGAUAUUGGAUUCUAUCUGUAUCCACACUGGAUACAACUACUAUGUGAAGAUUGCUUCUCAAAAUAUGUAUCUUAUGCAACGAUACAUAAAACUGUCUUAGACGAUGUAAUAGCAUAUAAGAGCAACUACCAAAUUUGUAUUUUAUAUCAGAGGUCCCUAACCACCGGUACUGGUCCAUGGAUCUGGCCACAAAGAAAUAAUGGACUUGUUUAGAAUUAUAUAAUAAUUAAAUUGCAUAUUGGACUUGAAUUUAAAACGAUGUGUUUAUUCAAUAUUCAUUUACACAAUAUUAUUUAUUGUAUUUAAGUUUAUUUUAUAAUGAAUAUUUAUUUUACAUAAUAAGUGUGUAUAUUACGUCUACCUUUGUCUGCCAUAACUAUAAAGUUCAUAUUACAUUUAAUGUAUAUAUUUAUUUAUAAGUAAUUUUUGUCGAAUUUUCAGUACAUGAGAGUGAAAAGAGUAUACACUUUGCCUUCCCUUGAAUAAAUUGCACUUUUUAUUAUUGGUCUCUUUAUUGAAGUUCACAGAAAUCACGCAUAUGUGCCACGAUCGGUCCGCAGAAACAUCACCCUCCAUGACGCCGUCCGUGGUUGGAGACCACUGUUUCAUGGAAAUCCUAUCCAAGACUUUAUCUAUGCAGGGGAGAUAACUUUGCACUGCGAUGUUUUUAAUAAAAUCUUCCUCUCAGGA